GGAAGCACCAGCUCUUCCCUCCCCUCUGAGGAGGGAGUGACGGACGGGCAGUUCCAUCGCUGGCGGCGCCCACCGGCGUGCCAAACGACGCCGACGAGGCUGCCGCUGCCACCAUGAGCCGCCGGGCUUCGUUCAGCGAGUGCCUGCGCGACUGGGAGGAGCUGCAGGACGGCUUCCAGCGGGUGCAGGAGACCCACAGGUUGUACAAGCAGAAGUUGGAAGAGCUGACGAAGCUCCAAGAUGGGAUCUCCAGCUCUAUCACGCGGCAGAAGAAACAGCUGAAGGAGCUAUCGCUGGCCCUCAAAAAGUGCAAGUCUUCCCUUCUUGCCAAUGAGGAGGAGACUGUUCAGGAGAUCCAGGAUAUGAUCAAAGAGCGGCAGAAUGUCUUCUUUGAAAUGGAAGCUUAUUUGCCCAAGAAGAACGGGUUGUACCUGAACCUCGUCCUGGGGAACGUGAACGUCACUCUGCUCAGCAAGCAGGCUAAGUUUGCCUACAAGGAUGAGUAUGAAAAGUUCAAGCUCUACCUCACCAUCAUCCUCAUCAUUAUUUCUUUCACCUGCCGGUUCCUCCUCAACUCCAGGGUGACAGAUGCCGUCUUCAAUUUCCUCCUGGUCUGGUACUACUGCACGCUCACCAUCCGGGAGAGCAUCCUGAUCAACAAUGGCUCCAAGAUCAAGGGCUGGUGGGUUUUUCAUCAUUACAUUUCCACCUUCCUUUCUGGCGUCAUGUUGACAUGGCCAGAUGGACUCAUGUACCAGAUGUUCAGGAACCAAUUCCUUUCUUUUUCCAUGUAUCAGAGUUUUGUACAGUUCUUGCAGUAUUACUACCAGAGCGGCUGCCUCUACCGGCUCAGAGCCCUGGGAGAGCGACACAACAUGGACCUCACUGUGGAGGGCUUCCAAUCAUGGAUGUGGAGGGGCCUCACCUUCCUGCUCCCAUUCCUCUUCUUUGGCCAAUUCUGGCAGCUUUACAACGCCAUCACGCUCUUCCGACUGGCGAGGCAUCCCGAAUGCAAAGAGUGGCAGGUGUUGAUGUGCGGCCUUCCUUUCUUCGUCCUCUUCACCGGCAACUUCUUCACCACCUUGCGAGUCGUCCACCAGAAGUUCCAAGAGAAGACUAAGGACUCCAAGAAGGAGUGAACCGCGGGCUCCCAAGCGCCUGUCCUCGCCAACUCCGGACAUUUCACCCUCCGCCUAGUUUCUGUCAUUCUCGGCCCUGAGCUGGGGAGCCCCAGUCCUGUGCUCCUGAACUGAUCCGCUUUCGGCCGAGCGUCUUCUUUUUCCCUGCUCCAUCCUCCCAUGAACUGGUGGCAAAAAUGAAGCUGAAUGUGACCACUGCUGGCCAAUCUGGCGUGACGCUUGUCCUCGGAUGGUGGGACUCCAGGAUAACAACCACAGGCCAGAGAGCUGCAGUGACUUUAUUCCAUGACUCUUGAAUGUCAUUCUGAAUUUGCUUCCCUCUUUCCCAUGACCCCUCCUCACCUGGGGACCACUACUGCUUGAAGCUCCCAUCUACCAGGUGGGGGCAUGUUCGGCCUUGACCAUCUUGCAAGGCCACCUGAGCCUGGUUUUAGGGGCAAAGGAGUGUCUCGGGAGCUGUGUCUCCGCCGAUCUUGGCUUUUGUGCUGCCAAGAUCAGAGUCAACUUCUCCGAUUUUGGCUUUUGUGCUGAAGUUUGAUAUCUACUGUCAGGCUCAUGAGAGACCUUUUGCCUUGUGGAUUUGGGCUCCACUCCUGUCUGGUAAUUUUACUGGAGUGGGGGCGAAGGGCUGGCUGUUUGUCAGAGUCUUGUUCGUGUACUGCCUGGUUUCCUCUCCGUCGGUAUCCUACAACCACCAAAAGGCACUCCUUGAUGUCCACCCAAGUCUCUUGUUUGACCACCUGCCAAUGAGAACCGAUGGAUGAUCCCCCCCCCUCAUUUUUUUGUGUCCCUCCUGAAGUCACAAGGGAUCACGGCUGGCCAGAGAAGCUUAGAAUGUGCGUGUUGUGAAGGCGGUCCGGAAAAAAACGGUUGUUGGGGGGUGGAGCACAUUUGGUGCUCCCUCCUCCUCCCUCAGCUGUGGUGUCCCGUAUUUUGAAGCGGUGUCGUGUGUGUGAUGUUUGUCCUAGGAAAGCCGGAAGGAGCUGGCUGGCCCUCCACCUGUGUUGUUUCAUCUCUUCUCAACAUGUAUGCUUGCCAUUAAAAAGUGUUGAAAAAAUAAAGGGAAAUGAAGCGCC